CAAGAAACCUUUCUUUACGUGUUAACUCGAAAGCUAUCAACAAAUGGCAGCCGCUGUUGGUGCAACUUCUUCAACCUAUGACCGGAUGAAGGAAGUGAAAGAGUUCGACGAGUCAAAGAUGGGAGUUAAAGGCCUCUCCGAUUCCGGCAUCACUUCUAUCCCUCAAUUCUUUGUCCACGAUCCCCAAACGCUCUCCGACCUCAAACCCUCGUCCAAACGCACCGUCCCCGCAACGCUCCCCACCAUCGACCUUACUCGCAUCAACUCGGCCAAUCACCGCCCUGAAAUCGUUGACCAGAUCAAAGACGCCGCCAAGACAUGGGGCUUCUUCCAAGUGAUCAACCACGGCAUACCCGUCUCGGUAGUAGAUCAGACGGUGAACGCCGUCAGAGCGUUUCACGAGCAGCCCCACGAGGUGAAGGCCAAGUUCUACAAGCGAGAAGAGGGGAAGGGCUUCAUGUACGCUAGCAACAAUGACUUGUACCGCACAACGGCGGCCAGCUGGCACGACUCGUUUAGUGUUUGGACCGGGCCGGAGCCACCGGAGCUGGAGGAGCUUCCGGAGGUAUGUAGAAAUGAGGUGGUAGCAUGGGAUUUGCAUGCAACCAAGGUGGCUGAGAGUGUGAUGGAGUUGCUUUCAGAAGGGUUAGGAUUGGAAGCUGGCAAAUUCAAGGAGCUUACGUUUUCGGAGAAGAGGGCGCUUGUGGGGCACUGCUAUCCCUACUGUCCUCAACCUGACCGGACUGUGGGAAUUAAGUCGCAUACUGAUCCUGGGAUAGUGACAGUUCUGUUGCAGAACGAUGUGCCUGGGUUGCAAGUUAGGCAUGAGGAUGACUGGGUGGACGUUAAGCCUCUUCCUGGAGGUCUGAUCAUUAACGUUGGAGACAUGCUUCAGAUAAUCUCCAAUGGGGAGUAUAAAAGUGUCCAACAUCGUGUGUUGGCCAACUCCCGGAAGGAAGCUCGGAUUUCAAUUGUGAUAUUUUUCAACCUAGCCAAAUGGAGAGAAGACGGAUACUUUGGACCUCUUCCCGAGAUUUUGUCACCGGAGAAGCCACCAAUUUAUCGAAACUUCACCGAAAAAGAGUUUCGGGAGAAUUUCUAUAGCAAAGGAAUCGAUAGCAAGUCUUUGAUCGAAAAAAUAACAAUACAUGACUAAGAUAUCUCUAUCUCAGUUUCUCAUAAUAUAUAGAAUAAUGUAUUUUAAUGUACGAUGUUACUUGUGUUGCUUACUUAAAUAACAUAUUUUUCAUGUACAAUGCUUUCAGUGUUCAAUGAAUUGUAUGCAAUCAUUUACAUUUA